CUUUGUUGAUCACUGAAUGAAAUUCGUUUUUCGUAAAAUUCGAUGAUAAUGAAACUUCCAUAUAAAUAUUUUAUAAAAAAUAUAAAAAUGCCAAAAAUAUCAAGUAAAUAUUUUAUAUUUUGUAUAAUAUUAUCUUUUUCAUAUAGUAUAAGUGCCAUGAAUUCGGAUGACUAUUUCAAGCGUGAAUUCUCAUUAAUUAAACCUUAUCUAGGUGGUGGUUUAAAUCUACCUUACUGGGAUUUUUUGGGUCAUACAAUGGUUACUACAAACUAUAUCAGGCUGACGCCAGAUUUACAAUCAAAGUCCGGGGCAAUUUGGAACACUUCGCCUUGUAUGUCAAGAAAUUGGGAAAUCCAAGUAACAUUUAAGGUUCAUGGCAAAGGUACGGAAUUGUAUGGAGAUGGAAUGGCAAUAUGGUACGCAAAAGAUCGAAUGGUACCAGGAGAUGUUUUCGGCAGUAAAGAUUUAUUUAGUGGAUUAGCAAUUAUUUUAGAUACAUAUAGUAAUCAUAACGGUCCACAUAAUCAUCAACAUCCAUAUAUCAGUGGGAUGGUAAAUAAUGGUUCUCUAAGUUACGAUCACGAUAGAGAUGGAACACAUACUCAAAUAGAUGGAUGUGAAGCUCGUUUUCGUAAUGCUAAUUAUGAAACACAUCUUAGUAUUCGCUACGAAAAUGAUGUUUUACACGUAUCAACUGAUUUCGAAAAUAAAAAUGAAUGGAAAAACUGUUUUUCCGUUAAUGGUAUAGAGUUACCAACUGGUUAUUAUUUUGGAGUUUCAGCAACAACGGGAGAUCUAUCAGACAAUCAUGAUCUCCAUUCGUUUAAAUUUUAUGAUUUAGAUACUAACUUUCCUUAUGAAAAAGCUCUUGAACGAACGAAAAUUAUUCCCAAAUCAGCUACAUUUGAACCACCGAGGGAACGACAUGAAGAUCCCAAGCCAAGCAUGUCGAAUGCAAAAAUAUUUUUCUUACUAUUAUUUGGAAUGUUAGCAGCAGUUGCCAUUACAGUUUUUAUUAUUUCGUACUAUAGGGAAAAAAAUGCUAAAAAACGGUUUUAUUAAUUUAAAACAAUUCAAAUUAUUUUGUUUUUUUUAUAAACUUUAAUUAUUAUGAAUUAUUUUAUAUUUGGGUUUGCGUAACAAAAAUUUUCACAUCUUAUAGUUGCAAAAGUUACUAUAAAUUUUUUUUUUUUUAAAUAAAAAAAAUUAAACUUAUAGUUUUUUCGUGAUAUGAACAAGUCAUUUAAGUCUGAUUUCGUUACUAACAUAAAUUUAAAGAUUAUUUAAGAGCAUGAGUUACAUAGUUAGUAUAUCUUAUUAAUUUUGGCUGACUAAGAGCAAAUUAUAUCACAAAAUAUUUUAUAACACAUAAUUUAAAAAAAAUUAUAAAAAAUUAUUUAUUUAAUAAGUAAGCGCCGUCAGUAGGUUUGGAGGAUUUCUCUAAUAAUGGCAACUUCUUAAGUUAGAAAAAAUCUAUUUUGAAAUAAAAAAAAAAGUUAAAUAAAAUAUUACGUUUCUUUUUAUUUGAAAUUCACAGUUACAUUUUUGUUUGUUUCAAGUUCAUAUUUCAUUCCUUUUUAUUUCAAAUGAAAGAGUCUAGUUGAAAAAGAACACUGAAUAAAUAAAAAGAUUAAUUCCAGCACUUGAGAGGCAGUAUUUUAGAAAAAUAUUGAAAUACAAAUACAUAUUCUUCAUUUGGUUUAUGAUUUAAUUUUAAUUGCAGAUAUUCUUUUUA